ACAUUCUAUUAUAGUCACAAAACUGGUAAGCAACUAUAAAAUUUUCUGUUUUUUGGCAUCAAAUACAACCGUAUUUCAAAAAUGGGUAAAGUAGCAGCAAUCGGUAUCGAUCUGGGUACUACUUACUCCUGCGUAGGCGUAUGGCAACACGGAAAAGUUGAAAUUAUAGCUAACGACCAAGGAAACAGAACCACCCCUAGUUACGUGGCUUUCACCGAUAGCGAAAGAUUGAUUGGAGACGCUGCGAAAAAUCAAGUAGCCAUGAAUCCUAAGAACACCGUCUUCGACGCCAAACGUCUCAUCGGUAGAAAAUUCGACGAUCCCAAAAUACAAGGCGACAUGAAACAUUGGCCUUUCCGAGUCAUCAACGAUUGCGGUAAACCGAAAAUCCAAGUCGAAUAUAAAGGCGAAACCAAAAAGUUCGCUCCAGAAGAAAUUAGCUCGAUGGUUUUAACGAAGAUGAGGGAAAUCGCGGAAACUUACCUCGGAGGUAAAGUAACAGACGCCGUAGUUACGGUACCAGCAUAUUUCAACGAUUCCCAAAGACAAGCAACCAAAGACGCCGGUGCCAUCGCCGGUCUUAACGUCUUAAGAAUCAUAAAUGAACCAACAGCCGCUGCUCUGGCUUACGGAUUGGACAAGAACUUGAAAGGAGAAAAAAACGUGUUGAUAUUCGAUUUAGGAGGUGGUACUUUCGAUGUAUCAAUAUUAGCGAUAGACGAAGGAUCUCUAUUUGAAGUUAAAUCAACGGCCGGAGAUACGCAUUUAGGUGGCGAAGAUUUCGAUAAUCGUUUAGUAAAUCAUUUCGUGGAGGAAUUUAAAAGGAAACAUAAGAAAGAUCUGAGCGGUAAUAGUAGGGCGUUGAGGAGAUUGAGAACCGCUUGCGAAAGAGCUAAAAGGACGUUGUCUUCGAGUACCGAAGCUAGUUUAGAAAUAGACGCUUUACACGAAGGUGUCGAUUUUUAUUCGAAAAUAACCAGAGCUCGAUUCGAGGAACUUUGUAUGGAUCUGUUUAGAUCGACUCUCCAACCAGUGGAAAAAUCUUUGAUCGACGCUAAAUUAGAUAAGGAAGCUAUCCACGAUGUUGUAUUAGUCGGAGGUUCUACUAGAAUUCCGAAAAUACAAAAGAUGUUGCAAGAUUUCUUCUGCGGUAAGGCAUUGAAUUUAAGUAUCAAUCCAGACGAAGCUGUAGCUUACGGAGCCGCUGUACAAGCCGCCAUCCUUAGCGGAGAUACUAGCUCGCAAAUACAAGACGUACUACUAGUAGACGUGGCUCCUUUGUCGCUAGGAAUAGAAACAGCGGGAGGAGUUAUGACGAAAAUCGUCGAAAGAAAUUCGAGGAUACCGUGUAAACAACAACAAACUUUCACUACAUACGCCGAUAAUCAAAAUGCUGUUACUAUUCAAGUAUUCGAAGGGGAACGAGCUAUGACCAAAGACAAUAACCUUUUGGGUACUUUUAAUUUGACAGGAAUACCUCCAGCUCCUAGAGGGGUACCUAAAAUUGAGGUAACCUUCGAUUUAGACGCCAAUGGGAUAUUGAACGUUUCCGCUAAAGAUAGCAGUACUGGAAAAUCGGAAAAAAUCACGAUAACAAACGAUAAAGGGAGAUUAUCGAAAGCUGAUAUUGAUAAGAUGGUUGCCGAUGCUGAAAAAUAUGCCGCCGAAGACGAACAACAGCGACAAAAGAUAUCCGCCAGGAAUCAAUUGGAAUCUUAUAUUUUUAGCGCUAAGCAGGCCGUAGAAGACGCCCCGGCUGAUAAAUUGACUACAGAAGAUAAAAAAUUGGUACAAGAUAAAUGCGCCGAAGUAUUAUCUUGGUUAGAUUCGAAUCAGUUGGCCGAAAAAGACGAAUUCGAACAUAAAUUGAAAGAAGUACAACAGGAUUGUUCGCCUGUUAUGAUGAAGCUCCACAUGGGAUCCCAACAAGCUCAAGGUGGUCCAAAAGUCGAAGAAGUUGAUUAAUUUUUUGGUAUUCGAAUUAUUUACUAAAAAUUCCGUUAUAUUCUUUCAAAUACUAAUAUUUGUAAUGACACCCUGUAUAAGUAUAAUAAAUCUUCUGGAAAUAAUAAAUAUUCACUAUUUUUUUCUAUGU